AUGCCAAUAAAGACCCAUUCCUGGGAUAAAUUCAUAGAAGAGCAUAAAGGAAGAACUGAAUCAGGCUGUUUGUGUGUAAUCUGUAAAAAGAUUAGAAACGCCAGAAUGGAAGAGAAAUUGAAUAAAUUUAUAAGUGAACAACAACGUAAGGAAGCUCAACGCGUUGAAGAACAAAAUAGAUUUCAAUCCACCAUCUUUAGUCUCAUCACUCAGCUUCAAAGCUCAAUUCAACCAACAGCCCCUUCUGAAGAGGCAAAAAGUGUUAAAGAAAAAGACAGUGUUAAGGAAACAAGUGCUAAACCAACGUCGAAAGAGACCCCCAACUACAUGGAAAGAAUAAUGAAGAUUCAGGAAAAACUGGAUACAGAACUACGCUCCUCCCUGAAAAAGCUACAGAAGAAAACGUCAGUGAACGUCAGUGAAGCUCCAGCAAAAGACCAAAGUCCCCCACCAGUAGUAAUUAAACCUAUUACCAUCAAAAAAGGCGAUUGCUACAUUGAAGACUGGGGUGUUUUUCCUAAAAAGAAAUACAAUCUGAUACCAGAUAGUUAUAAGAAUGGAUUCUUUUCUGAUGAAAAAUAUAAAAUUGUCCUCCAUAUGUUUACACCAGGCAAUUCUGGUUGGCCUGAACCUGAAGCAAGCUUCAAACGAAGAAAGAUCUGUAUAUCAGAGAAAUGUAGUUAUAUGGAAGAUAAAAGAUCUCAUAACAUGGCACGUCACUUCGAAGUCUAUCAUCCAGAUGAAGAAGAACCAGUAUUCCUAUGGGUUGAUCUAACCCAAAGUCAAUUUGAUAAGCGUCACCAGCAAUGGCUUAUGCAAAAGGAAACUCAUAGAGCAUCGAAGACUGAAACAAAGGUUAUUAUCAACAAACGACUGAAGUCUAAGAAGCUAGGUAAAGGUGCUAAGUCAAAGGGACUAAUAAGUGAAAGUGAAUCAAGUGACGGUGAAAGUGACAACAGCAAAACAACAAGUGCCAAUAAACAAAAACCAAAACACCAAAGUGAAGUGAAGCGAAGUGUUGAAGUUGAAGUCAGUGAAAGUGACAAUGCAACUUCUGAAGAAGAUAAAGAAAAAGAUGAAAGUCAGAAGCGAAGUGAAAAGCAACCCUGCUCUACUACUGAAGCUCUUGAGAAUCAAGCAGAGUCAGAAGCCUUAUGCAAGUCACCAGAAUCAAUUCUUAUUGUCACUAACAAGCCAUAUGAAAAAUAUCCAACACUAUGGGCUGGGGACAUUGCCUCCAUGCCAGAGCCUAUGAGAAAAGCUGCUCUAAUAAUACAAAAGUCAAGAGGCAUAAAAGAUACCGAAGCUUCUUCAUCGAAGCCCGCUUCAUCCCACCCAACUAAUAUAGUUGAAAAGCCAACAACAACAGAGGAAAGCUUAACAACUCAAAUCGAGAAGAUUGCAUCGACACCAGAGAAGCGAUACCCCAAAGUCUCUGACGAUGCUUCAGUUGUACCAACAACUGAAAAUGAUCAGAAAGGUGCAACUGAAGAAUCUCUUACAUCAGCUUCAUCUGAAGCAAAGCAAACGUCACCUCAACAGAAGCAGAAACUCUCUUCUAAGCUCAUUCAAGAAAACCAAAAAGUAAAAAAGCAGAGGAGGUCAAAAUCACAAGACGAUUUGCAAAGAGAAAUAGCUGAGAAGCAAGAGAUACUUGCUUCAAUUAAGAAAAGAUUAGCUGAUGCUGAACAAGCAAAGAAGAAUAAGAAACCAGCCGAGCGUCAACAAACUCCCAUCACACCUGAUCGUCCAAAGCCAUCAAUAAAGGGAAAGGAGUUAAACUUGAGUGAAGACUCAAGCUCAAAUGGCGAGGCAAGUGACGGUGAAAGCGAUAAUAGCUCGACUUCUGGAAACGAUUCAGGCAGUGGCAGUGAUGACGAGUCAAGUGACGCAGCGUCGGAUGAAGCGUCAACUGGAGGAGCCUCAAACCCUGCAUCGUCUGAAGAAGAUUGA